UUCAGAUCAAUCCGUAGGUCACACCUGAGUAAUCUAACCUCUUAAAGUUAUGUCCGAAGUUAAAAAAUGUACAUAUUGGUUUGUUUUUCUUUUUCAGUGGGAUUAUGUCUUCAUCAUGCCCCCCAACAUUUAUUUUUUGUUACUUUUGACUAGUUAAUUAUUUUGCAAAUUGUUCAUUUGUGGUUCCCUGAAAUGGUCAGGGUCAGUGGGAGGACGACAAGUGCCACGUCAUUUCUAGAGUGUGGGGAGAGAAAAAUGCCAAAUAAAGAAAGACGCGCCGAAUCGGACACGCCACGCUUCCUUCCCUAGGAAGGAAACUCGCACAUCGAGUGGCCUCCUCCUGACCUCCUCUCCCCUUCCCUGACAGCCUCCUCUCUCUCUCCUCUUCCUCACCUUUGACAGCCGCGCCUAGAGGAGGUCAUCCCUGGCGCCCGCAUCCUUGGUGUGCUGCCGCCGAUAGCCCCCACUCUUCUCCCAUUCUUUGUGUUCUGUCAGACACUGAUCGAGGUGUACGGGACAGCCAAGAGCGGGGUGUGCAUCGCGUCCAUGGGGGUGUUGCACCCGGAGCUGGUCAUGAAGUCCAUCGUGCCCGUUGUCAUGGCGGGGGCGCUCAAGAUCUACGCCCUCAUCACCGCAGUCAUCAUCUCCACUGGGAUCAACCCCAGGGUCAAGCCCUACUUCCUCUUCUAUGGUUACACGCACCUCUCCUGCGGCCUUGCUGGCGGCAUGGCCAUCGGCAUCUUCGGUGACGCUAGUGGCAAGGCGCAUGUCUUCUCGGGGCUAUCGUCGCCAUUGCUUCCCCCGCAUAUGCCUGCAUCAAAGCAAUCCAAGCCACCCUUUCCCAGCAAGUUUGGUGCUUUCGAAGCUGCCAACAAUUAUUGUGAUUGACCAUGGGAAGGAAGCUUUUACCACUUGUGGUGAUCUCAGACCGGGUGAAGAAGGUAUACAGUCUCCUAACUUCACAACAUUUUGGUUCAGUCAUUAAUUUAUAUACAAAGUAAUAUGCAGUCUCUAUUGGUUGCUUCUGGGAAUCCAGACUUCCCUUUACCCAUGGAUUACUCUUUCAUGUGCUUCUCUGUGCUAAGGUCACCCAGUUCUAAUGUGCCGAAAAGGAGAGCAAGGGCACGGCAGUGCCUCCUUCCCAUCUUCACCCAGGUAACCUCACUCGUCUCUCUUAAAUUUUGCAACAGGCAACUGUUGCUGCAGCACGGGGCUCUAGAGUACUUAGUCUAGAUUCAACUGAGUUGCAAGUGAACCUUUGUCCAAUUAUUAAUACCUUUUUUGGUAGAUUUUAGACUUGCUAUCUUGUGUUAAUUUAAGGGCUGGCUAAAUUUUGUAUCUUUCAUGUUGCUCAUGUAGGAAGGAUGGCGAUCUGUCUAAGUUUUAGAGGUAAAUCGGGAAUAGUCUUUUUUUAUGAUUCAUAGGCCAUAGCUCAGCGUCCGUGCAAUAAAUGUUAUGACCAAUGCAACAUUUCUCUUACCAUGUUUUGUGUAAAUAUUCAUCAAAAGGAUUGUGCUAUUAUGUACAUAACUCUUGGAUGCAACUUUUUACCGCAAAUAUCUUCUCGAUUUAAUCUGCAUAUUUACUCUAAAUGCUUGUUCAAGUCAUCUACAAUAUCUUUGAAAUUUGUGUGUGAACUCCCAUUCUCAUUUCUCAGAGGCGUUGUAAUGAUCUGAAUGAAAGCCUUUUUAUUUGCAAGCGGCGGACUACACCCUGAUACAUAUAGUUAGAAUACACUAACCUAUUCCGCUGAUAUUGUAGCAUGUUCAUUUGGAUCAGUGAGAUACACAUUCUCUCCUUCCUUCUCUAAUAUGUAAUUUUGAGUGUGUUACUUUGCCUUUUCCAUUGGUAAUACAAAGGUAUUAAAACUUAAUUGAUUUGCAUUUUACAAGAUGGCAUUUCUUCUUUGAGUGCAGGGAUUCGAAGAUGAUUAGUACUGGGUUUUCAUGGUCAUUAAAGUCGAGUGCUGAUGGAUACUAUGCUAAGCUUAAUCAAAUAAUUAUUCCCCUUCGCGAGGAAUAGAAAGAGCCAGCAAUUGGGCGACCCUGCAUGUGUGGCUGCUUAUUCCUUCCUAGGUGUUGCCUUUGCAAGGAAACUUUCUGCAUGCUUGACUUUCUCUCCCAGAGGAAUCCCUCCUUCUAGAUCUCAUUGUAGCUUUUAUGUGAAAGUGGCUUGAUCAUGGGCAUAAGCAGAAUGCAUUCAAUUUCAUUGGUGCGUGCAGAAGAGCAGUGAACUUGGAAGGAUUUCUAUUCCGAUGUGAUCUACGUGGUCUAUGCCCGAGCAACAUUCCUAAAUAUAGCUCAUCAUGCCAUUCUUUUUGGCCCAUGGCCACAUCAAUGUGGAUGUUCCUAUUAAAAUAAAGGUACAUAACUGAUAUUUUCUUGGAUUAUUAAUUUCUCAAUUUUGUUGCUCGGGUUUGUCUCCCGGGAUUUCGUUUACUGUGAGAUGCUAUCGACACACAUAGGCACACAUGCCUAAUCUGUUCUAAGGUUCAGUUUCUGGUCACUUCAGUGAGGUUUUUCAUCAAAGAAUCUCUUUGAACUCAUAUUUUGUACCUUUAUAUUUGGUUGUUGGUUGUAUACCUUUAAUCUGCUUUGUCGAAGGUUGUUGGCAUAAAACUUUAGUGCUUCGUUGUUCAUCAGUCUCAUUCCCUCGAUAAGUAAUAUUGAGGCAAUAAAAAAUAGGUGAAAUUCUAGGAAACAUGAAGAAGCGGGGGAACACGAUUCAGUUGUCAUUGGAAAAUAGUUUUCAUGGCUAAAUUACAUUCUUUUCGGGAGUAAAGUCGAGUGCUUAAAGCUUAGGCUAAUCUAUACCUUGAUUACAAAUUCUACAUUCUCCUCUUUGAAUGUCAUUUCUUUUGCUGAUGUAAUUGCAUGCCUUUGUUCCAGGACUCUUGAGUCUGCCACUUCGUCUGCUCUGGGAUCACCCCAAUUGCUAAUUUGAUGCACAUAUAAAUGCCUAGAUCUAAUAUGUCAUCUGCUUAAUGUUACUACUGUUGUACUAAUUAGUAUCUGGCAAGGCCUUCAAGUUCUGAUGCAACUUAGAACAUCCCUCUUGAAGCGGAAGUCUCGUUGACAAUAAUAAAAUUGUAACUUUGAAUUUAGGAGUCACUUACCCUCACUAGCGUGUUGGUGAAUUGGCAAGAUGACUAGCUACCUAGCAUAUAUUUCUUACAAGCUCAAAGUUGGUUGUCCUAAUGUAUUAUUGAUUAGAAACAAUAAUACAAAUUACCGAUACACCUGACUGGAAGAGUUGUGACCAACAUUACUCUUGCAUUAUCUGGACUCUAAAAUAUACAAUAAAAUCCAGUUACAAUGUUCAUCAUUAAAACGUCAACUACAAUAUUGCCUUAUUAGUUGUGUGGGUAUUAGUUCUGAUAAUAUUUCUUUUAAAAUGAAGCUUAGAAUGAUCAAAAUAUUACAUUCACAAUGGCCAACCAGUGAACUACUAAACUUUGUUAUAUAAAAAUCCUACUGAAUAUCUUCACUC